CCGAUCGAGAGAUUGACCAUGGCGUCCUCCUCCUCCUCCGCAGCUGAGGCGGCGACGAGCUCUGCCGUCGGAAUGGAGGGAGGCGAGUUGUCCUUGGCGACGGAGGAGAUUACGCUGGCGGUGAAGUGGAGCGGGAAGGAGUAUACCGUGAGGGUGUGCGGCGACGAUAGCGUGGCGGAGCUCAAGCGCCGCAUCUGCGAGGUGACCACCGUCCUGCCCAAGCGCCAAAAGCUCCUGUACCCCAAGCUCGCCGCCAAGCUUGGCGAUGACUCCCUCCUCAUCUCACAGCUCAACCUCAAACCCGGCGUCAAGAUGACCAUGAUAGGUACUAUUGAAGAUGAAAUUAUCGUGGACCAAGUGGAUUCUCCAGAGAUAAUAGACGAUUUUGAGCUUGGGCAAGAUGAAGUCAUAGACAUAAAGGAUAAAUUUGUGAAUAAGCAGAAAUUGUUGCGAAGGAUUUCUCAUUAUAAGAUCAAACUUUUGAAUCCAUGUCGCCAAGGAAAGAAGCUGCUUGUUUUAGAUAUUGAUUAUACUCUAUUUGAUCACAAGUCUGCCGCUGAAAACCCACAUGAGUUGAUGCGGCCUUAUCUUCAUGAAUUUCUCUCUGCAGUUUAUGCGGAGUAUGACAUCAUGAUAUGGUCAGCGACUGGCAUGAAAUGGGUGGAGUUGAAGAUGGGACAGCUUGGGGUUCUGAAUAAUCCCAACUACAAAAUCACUGCUCUUUUGGAUCACAUGGCCAUGAUCACAGUGCAAUCUGAUUUUCGUGGGAUGUUGGAUUGCAAACCACUUGGCCUGAUCUGGGCUCAAUUUCCUGAGUUUUAUAGUUCAACAAAUACAAUAAUGUUCGACGAUCUACGAAGGAACUUUGUGAUGAACCCACAGAACGGUCUCACCAUCAAACCUUUUAGGAAAGCCCAUCUGAAUCGAAGCAAUGAUCAGGAGCUGUUGAGACUAACACAAUACUUGCUGGCCAUUGCGGAACUUCCCGAUCUUAGCCAACUCGACCACAACAUCUGGGAAUUGUAUGCCGAAGAUGGUCCAAAAAGACGCAGGCACAUAUAGUCAAGUAUGCUUAUUCAACAGAGGCCAUUACUAUUGUUUUGCAAAGUGCUUGUUUCGUAUGCUUGUGAUCACUUAGUAGAUUGUUAGUUCAACACAAUUUGUCAGGGAAUUCAUACAAGUCACUCACUUAUUUGUUUUCUCAUUCUCAGUGCUAUAUUUAUCAAAUAUGGAAAAUUUACGUUCUGUUAUACAAAUCUUUUUUGCAAGAUUUGUAUAACAGAACCAAGUUAGCUUGUGUGGAUGUUAAUCUCACUUAUUUUCAGUGUGAUCAAAUUGGUGAUAGAUUAUCGAACAUUGUUCUUUA